AACUUGUAGUCCGUGCGAUAACAGAGGUCCCACAGUAGACGCCCCCACACAAGAUGGUUUAACUGCAGCAUUCGGCACAUGGAAGGGUUGCGGGCACGAAGGAUGAAGGGGAAACAGAUAAGGAGACUAAACAUGUAACUGUUCCCUUGAAGGUUGGGCCUUAAACAUAGGUCAAAUUUCACUAGCAAUGUGAUAAAUAAGUUUAAACUGACGGAGAAAUGUUCGCUAGGGUGCGCUCCGCCACAAAGGUGCUUUUCAAUAAGUAUCUGAUCGUUACAAACACUAUAACUUGUGGCGGAUUACUUGCGAUCGGUGACGGAAUCGUUCAGAAUAUUGAGCACAUGGGGGAGAGCAAAGCUGAAAAGGUGGUGUCUGCAGGAAAGGAAGGAAAACCGGCAACAUGGACUUACAACUGGCCCAGAACACGUCGCAUGUUUGCGAUGGGUUUUAUUCUUGGUCCCUUUAACCAUGGUUGGUACUCGUUACUGGACAAGGUGGUGAAAGGGUCAGGUGUCAAGGUUGUCAUUAAGAAGAUAGCAUGUGACCAGGCUGUUGCUGCACCAUUUUUCUGUUCAGCCUUCUUCAUGGGAAUGGGUUUAAUGGAGGGAAAAUCUUUAGACGGUUGUAUAGAGGAGGUUAAAGACAAAUUUAUAACAGUUUAUAUGGUUGACUGGUGUGUUUGGCCACCUGCUCAGUUUAUCAACUUUUAUUUCCUGCCUACUCAGGCACGAGUGGUAUACGUCUCAACCAUAACACUGUGCUGGAAUGCCUUCCUUUCCUGGAUGAAACAUAGAGAUCUUGUGCGUGCUGAACAUCACCUUAUAGACAGUGUUCCAGAAUCAGUCCGUUAGUUGUCACGUACGGAUGUAAAUGUUUGGAAGAUUCUGAUGUGAAACUCUAAAUUACCCUUCUUUACCAUAACCCAGUAAUAUCAUUGAAUGUAUUAAGUGAUACUAAAUGAUAUGUGUGCAUUCAUGUGGAACUCUACAUCUAAUGUAUUAUUUAAGAAUUAAGAAAUAAUCUUUACCUCAAGAUUCCUAUAUAUGUAGGUGCAAAUGUUUGGAAAAAAAGCAUACCUGUGCCAUGUAUAUAGAGAAGUAUUAAAUAAGUAAUAUUAUUUCACUUCAAAGUGUCCAAAUGUAGCACACCUGAAGAAGUACAUGCACUCUUUGAAAUGUGGUGUUUAAGCUCAGGGUUUGUACACAAAUGCCAUUUCGUAUUUGAUCAUGGUUGCCGCUGGAUAUUAUGCCUUUAGAGUGCUUUCAUUUCUACUGUUACAUCCGAAACAAAUGUUUGAAGAUCUCAUUUAUAUGUUUGCGUUUAAACUUACUUAAUUCUUAAUUUGUGUAAGUUUGAAGGUUAUUUGUUUUAUCAUUUCUGUGGUGCAUCAUAGUAUGUAAACAGUAAAUGAACAGAUAACAGAUAUUGGAAGUUUUGUGUAGCCUUGCCAUUUUAAACUAGGUAUUAUUGUUUUUAUUGGUUUUAAUGUCUGCUCUAUGUUUGAUCCAUGAACAUCAAACCUGUCUAAGAUGCCUAAGGGAUUAUCAACUGUUAUACGUUGUUUAUAUCUCGCUCUAUGUAUCGUUAGUGUACAUGUGUAAAAUAUUGUUCUGUGACCAAUCCUUAAAAACUGUUUUUCUUGUUUUACCUACAUAUAGACUGUUCUGCCUGACUGCCUGUUUUAUUGACCUUAUAUUUGUUAUAUAAAAUGUUGCUGCUCUUGGUUUCCAACAGAAUCAUCAUGUCAGUUGUUGUUGUUUUUUUUUUUGGUUAUGUGACUACUUUUGAUGAGGGUAAAUUGUGUGAGUAAUACAGUUUGCUUAUAUGCGGCAGACAUCAUCAAAAACACAAAUUACUCCCAUUCAGAAGAAAUAUGUCACAUUAUCUCCACUAACUUUUCAGAUUUAAUUCACAUUCAGAUUUAAUUUGUGUGUCAAUUUACCUAUUGCUAUUUGGCAAUAGGUAAUUUGGCAUGGUUGAAUUGAAGAAUGUAAUAAUCAACUUGAAUCAGGAGUUGAAAACCAGACAGCUGUGUUCAGAUACAAAAUGUGUUACAAAAUCAUCAUUGAGAUUACCAUAGUACUUGUAUUAGUAGUCAUCUUCUUUAUAUCUGUGUAUUUCCAGUGUAAUAUUAACUUGUUUUCAGUUAAACAGUGAAAGUCUAGCAGUUUUAUGAUCAUGUUGUUUAAUAGCAAUUUAAAUUUUUAUUAAAAAUUUUAUUCAGACGUGCCUAUUUUAAUGCUUUUAAAAUGAUCACUCACCUACAAGCACAGUACCCAGGCUUGUAUUAUAAUACUGUAUAUACAGUAUGUAUGUCCAUUUGUUUUCAGGGCAUGAAAUAGUUGCAGUGUAUACAGGGUUGCGUUUAAUUUUGUGUCUGAGAACAGAAUAAUAGUAGUAAUAAUAAUGAUGAUAAAAGAAUUUCAAAUGCAUUGUCAUGAAUUUCACUGUUAUCCUGUUGUUACAUGUUUUUGUUGUUGUUCAAUAUAGAGAGAAAUAUAACGCUGUUUUGGCAUUCAUGUAAUGUCAUGAGUAUAUGUUGUACCUUGUGGGCACUUCAUUUAUCCGGAUUUAUUUUUUCAUGGUAUUGGCGUUAAUAUAUACUGUACUCAGGACGGCUUCACUUAUGAAACAUUGCCUUUAUAUAAGAAACCACGCCGAGCCCUGAGGCAGUCACCACCCAUCGCCAUCACACUCCUGAUAUAUAUAUAUAUCUGUAUAGUUCUGCAAUGAAUGCAAAAUAUAUCCAUCAGUUUGGAAGCA